GAAGUAACGGCGUCGUAAGUUCGUAGGGGCUUCGACAUUCCUUUAUAAACUGAAAGCAAAGAAAUGGCUUUUGGUGAGCACGUGUUGGGUUUCUCGCCCGAUGGAAAACUUUUUGCCCUUAUCAAUGAACAAGGAGUUCUAAGGAUAUGGGACACAGAUACCAACGAACUCAAACAGGAAUACACGCCGAAUUUGCAUUUGUCUGGACCAUGUUCGGCCCUGGUGUGGAUAUCGGUUUCUUUGCCAGGAAGUGUUGUCAAAGACAAGAAAGGUAAAAAGGCAAGAAAGUCCAGUGAAAGCAGUGAGUCUCUUUACAUUGCCCUGGGUACCUCAAAGGGACAUGUCUCGUUGUAUUCCUAUGCAGAGGCCAAGAUUGAACGUAGUCUUAAGGGCGAGGGACACAAUGGCAAAAUAACAUCAAUCAUAAGGGAUACGGAGGGGCAUCUCUAUACCUGCGGAGAAGAUUGUCAAGUUAUUGUUUGGUCUCUGGCGGAAGAAAAACAAAUUAGAUCGUGGAAUGUGGGCCCCGAAAAGCCAUUUAGUAUUUCAUUAAUGCCUACAUCCAAUUCAUUGGUCGUGGGCUCCCGCACCCUUAAAGUAUAUUCCACAGAAAAAGAAGAACUGGUGCAAACAUUUACGGGACACACUUCAGAAAUAAAUCAUAUGGCCCAAUUUGUGAGCAAUGAUGGUGGUGAAUAUGUUCUCACAACCUCACGAAUGGAACGUAUAAUAUGCUUGUGGAAAAUUGGAAAGAAAGGUCGCAAUAAACCAGCGGCUUGUACUCUUCUAAUGGAGGACAUAGCCCACAGUCUUACAUGUCACAUUGAUGAUGAGAACACACUGCGGGUAUCCAGUGUUACACGAAGUGGCGUAAUACAUCUAUACGUUUUAGAUAUAGAUGGCAUAAAGGCUGACAAACCAUUGAAACCAAAAGUAACCAUUAGCAUUGCCUCCGAUAGUGCAACUGUUAUUGAGCCGAUUUCGGCAGUGGCAGCUUCACUCCAACAUGCAAACAGGCAAGGAGAAUUGCUAUUUGCUUAUGGCGAUAAACAUUUCGUCGUAUUUGAACAAUUGAAACCAAGUUUCGCUGAAAAAAUGCAGGUUUUGAUACGCACUGACCCGCGAAAACAUGUCAAACAGCAACUGUUGGGAAAACGCAAUGAAAUCGGAUCUGAGAAGACAUUAAAAAUGAUGACACCCAUAAUAGAUGCCAAGGAUGUUGACUACAAGUCAUCAAUAUCUGUGACAAAGAAGAAACUGAAAUCCUUAGAUAUGCCCAUGGAAGCUCGAUUGCAGAACCUCAACCUGAAUGUGGGCGAUGGCAAAGUAAUACCCCAGGCUCAAAGUAAAGUACAGUUGUUGGUACAAUCCCUGCACAGUAAAGAUGAGACGUUGUUACGCUCCGUGUUAUGCACAAAAGAUAUGAAGACCAUAGAGCUUACAUUGCAGAAAUUACCAGUCCAAUAUGUGGGCACUUUGGUCAAUGAAUUGACAUUGUUAAUGCAGCAAAGGCACACAAAUGUUGAAUAUGCAAUGAACUGGCUGAAAGUCCUGGCCCAGACCCAUUCCAGUCAACUUAUGGCUUUGGGUGCUGAAGAUUUGCUGAAUAAAUUCGGUCCCUGCAUUGGAAUAAUUGAACAUAGAGCCAACUGCUUGAAAGAGUUGUCAAAAUUGAAUGGCCGAUUGCAGUUGCUUGUUAGUCAAAUAAAACGAAACAGUGAAAUGGAUCAAGACAAUCUUAAGAGUGAUAAUUUGUUGGUCUUUGAAGAUAACGAUGAUUCAUCAACGUCGGAUCUAGAUGAUGCCAUUAACAAAUCUUCUUCGGACGAUGAAUGGGAAGAGGGCGAAGAUGAGGAUCAGAAAAAUGGAGGGGACUCUAUGGAUCAGGAUGACGAUGAUGAAGAUGAUGAUAUGGAAAUGUAGUUAGAGUACAAAUCUAAACUUACUAUAUUCUUAAGUUAUAUUUUUAGGUAGUUAGUAUUGUCAAUAAAUCCAAUGUUCAAGGUCCCCCAUCUAAUCAAUCAAAUACAGUUCCGGCCGUAUUUUUUUAAAACAUCUAACAAA